CCUCUCCCUGUAGUACAAGGGGAGGAAGCCAGUGGACAAGCUCAGCAAAGCAGAGUGAGUGUCCCAAGCUGGUGACCAUCGCAGCAUUUUGAAUUCUCCACCCCAGAUGGAGGACCCGGUUCAAUUGAAGGAGGAAGGCAAUAAGUAUUUUCAGGCCGACGACUAUGAGAAUGCUAUUAACAGCUACACCAAAGCCAUGAAACUUACCAAGGACAAGUCACUGCAGGCCGUGCUGUACAGGAAUAGGGCAGCCUGUUUCCUGAAAAAGGAGAGCUAUGCCCAAGCAGCAUCGGAUGCUUCUAGAGCGAUUGACAUCAAUGCUUCGGAUAUUAAGGCCCUGUACAGGCGCAGCCAGGCUCUGGAGAGCCUGGGGAAGUUGGACCAAGCCUUCAAAGACGUCCAGAGGUGUGCCACCAUUGAGCCCCGCAACAAAAACUUCCAGGAGACCCUGAGGCGUCUGGGAGCCAAGAUUCAGGAAAAGCUGCACGUUCAGUUCUCCACCGAUGCCAGAGUGCAGAACAUGUUUGAAAUCCUGCUGGAUGGGAACAGUGAGAAAGAGAAGCGAGAGAAGGCUGCGAACAAUCUCAUUGUUCUGGGGCGGGAGGAAGCAGGAGCCGAGAGGAUAUUCCAGAACAAUGGGGUAAAACUGCUGCUGCAGCUGAUAGAAACCAAAAAUGCGGAGAUGAUCCUAGCGGCCGUAAGGACCCUUUCGGGCAUGUGCACUGGACACAAGGCGCGGGCCACAGCAAUCCUUCACCUCCUGGGAAUUGAUAAAAUUUGUAUGUGGAUGGCUGUGGAUAACGAAGAAAUCUCUCUGGCUGUUUGCAAUCUCCUACAAGUCAUUACAGACUCCUUAUCAGGGGAGGGAGAGAAAGAGGAACAUGGGAAAGAAGCAGCUCUGGUGCUGGACACGAAGAAGGAUUUGAAGAUGAUCACAAUGCACCUGCUGGACAUGCUGGUCAGUAAGAAGGUGUCUGGGCAAGGUCGGGACCAGGCUCUCAACCUGCUCAGCAAGAACAUACCAAGAAAGGAUCUGAGGAUCCCCGACAACUCUAGAACCAUCUUCGUCAUUGACAGCGGUCUAAAAAAGAUAUUGAAAGUCGUAGGCCAGGUUCCCGAGCUGCCCAACUGCCUGCCCUUAACGGAGAACACCCGGAUGACUGCUUCCAUUCUCCUGAACAAGCUGUAUGAUGACCUGCGAUGUGAUCCCGAGCGAGAUAACUUCCGCGAGAUCUGUGAAGAGUACAUCAAGAGCAAGGUUGACCCUCAGGACAUGGAUAAGACUCUCCAUGCCGUCCAGACGGUGUCUGGGAUCAUGCAAGGGCCUUUUGACUUGGGCAACAAGUUGCUGGGCAUGACGGGUGUCAUGGAGAUGAUGGUGGCUUUGUGUGGCUCUGAAAGGGAGAUCGACCAGCUGGUGGCUGUGGAGGCCCUCAUCCAUGCUUCCACCAAGCUGAGCCGGGCCACCUUCAUCAUCACCAACGGAGUGACGCUGCUGAAGGAAGUCUACAAGAAGACCAAGAAUGAGAAGAUCAAAAUUCGAGCUCUAGUGGGUCUUUGCAAGCUGGGAUCAGCCGGAGGCACUGACUAUGGCCUGCGACAAUUUGCGGAGGGAUCCACAGAAAAGCUGGCAAAACAGUGCCGAAAGUGGCUGUGCAACACCAGCAUUGACAUCCGCACCAGGAAGUGGGCUGUGGAAGGUCUGGCGUACCUAACCCUGGAUGCAGACGUGAAAGAUGACUUUGUGGAAGAUAAGCCAGCCCUGGAAGCCAUGUUUGAAUUAGCGAAGACCAGUGACAAGACGAUCCUGUACUCGGUGGCUUCCACGCUGGUGAACUGUACCAACAGUUACGAUGUCAAAGAGCUGGUCCCAGAGCUUGUGCAGCUGGCGCAGUUUUCCAAACAGCAUGUUCCCGAGGAGCACCCCAAGGACAAGAAGGACUUUGUUUUGAAGCGAGUGAAACGGCUGCUGAAAGCUGGUGUCAUUUCAGCCCUGGCCUGUAUGGUGAAGGCUGAUAGUGCCAUCUUAACAGACCAGACCAAGGAGCUGCUAGCCAGGGUAUUCCUUGCCUUGUGUGAGGAUCCCAAGGACCGUGGUACUAUUGUAGCUCAAGGUGGUGGAAAGGCCCUGAUACCUCUGGCAAUAGAAGGCACAGAUGUCGGCAAAGUGAAGGCUUCUCAUGCUUUAGCCAAAAUUGCUGCCAUUUCCAAUCCAGACAUCGCAUUCCCAGGAGAGAGGGUGUAUGAGGUGGUCCGGCCGCUGGUCAGCUUGUUGAAUACAGAGAGAGACGGGCUGCAGAAUUAUGAGGCUCUAUUAGGUCUCACUAACUUGUCAGGAAGAAGUGACAAACUCAGGCUGAAGAUCAUCAAAGAGAAAGCCCUACCAGACAUCGAGAACUACAUGUUUGAGAACCACGACCAACUCCGACAGGCAGCUACAGAGUGCAUGUGCAACCUGGUUGUCAACAAAGAGGUUCAAGAGAGAUUUGUGGCCGAUGGAAACGACCGACUCAAGCUGAUCGUGUUACUGUGCGGCGAGGACGACGUGAAGGUCCAGAAUGCAGCGGCAGGAGCCCUGGCCAUGCUGACAGCAGCACACAAGAAGCUCUGCCAUAAGAUGACCCAAGUGACAACCCAGUGGCUGGAAAUCCUGCAGAGGCUCUGCCUACAUGAAAAGGUGGAGGUGCAGCACCGUGGGCUGGUGGUUGCUUACAACCUGAUCGCUGCAGACCAGGAGCUGGCCAAGAAACUGGUGGAGUGUGAGAUGUUGGAGAUCCUGACACUCGUUGGUAAACAGGCAGAUGACUCCAAGAAACAGCAUGUCAUCAACGUGGCUCGUGAGUGUCUCGUGAAGUGCAUGGACUAUGGGCUGAUCAAACCUUUCUCCCAGGCGUGAGACCCCCAAGGCAAUGGCAGCCUGUCGAGGGAAGGCACAUGGAAGGUCUACAAAUCUACAGGAUCCCCAGAAGGAAAUUCAGUUGAAUUGCUGAGCACAGGGCAUACUUUAUUUUUAUGCUUGGGGAAAAUAAAUUUGAGUAAUUCCUAGACACUGCAUCCUUUAGUGCCAGGAUUCCAUUGCUAGCCAUGAACAAAUUCAAGUUCCACCGUAAAAGAAUCAAUCCAUGCAAUGUAUUCAACUGCUGCUGGUUCAGGAAGUCUCAAAAGUUUAGGGCAAGCUAGAGGUUCCAAGUAGACUUCUUUGGUGG